UAUACAGCUAAAGUUUGCAAAUGGCAAGUUCAAAUUAUCCUGCUGAUUGAUAAAGAGUUGCUUUAUAUUAAUUUGAUAUUCUCUGUUGUGUGUAGCCUACUAAUUACAUACCUACGUUUGUUAACGAUGACGCUCACGAUGAUGGCAUUUGGGCUGUUGCAUGGUCUAAUAGCAGUAAUAUAGUUGUAUCAGGCUCUGCGGAUAACACAGUCAAAUGUUGGGACGGAAAUACAGGCGAACUGAAAUAUACGCUUCAAGGACAUACUAUGGGCGUCAUUUCUGUAGAUGUUACAAAAGAUGGACGACGUGUUGUGGCAACCUCCAUUGAUUCACAUAUUCGAAUUUGGGAUCUUGAAAACAAUGGCGAGCUAUUGAAAACAAUAACAGCAGCCCCCAUUGAAGCCUGGGCCGUCACCUUUAGUCCUGAUGGAGAACAUAUUGCAACUAGUUCACACAACGGAGAUAUUCAUAUUUUCAGCAUUGAGACAGGAGAGAAAGUGAAUACAUUCACCACAAAAGAGAAAUUUCUUCUGUCUGUUACCUAUAGUCCCGACGGUAAAUAUGUUGCAGGUGGAGCAGAAGAUGGUGCUAUUUACGUAUUUAACAUAGAAACAAAUCAAUUAGCACACACAUUAACAGGCCAUGCUAUGCCUGUGCGUUCAUUAACUUUUGCCAGUGAUAGUAAAACAUUAAUCAGCAGCAGCGACGAUAAAUGUAUCCACGUGUACGAUGUUGAGCACGGACAGCUAGCAUCAACACUUACUGGACACACCGACUGGGUUCUAUGCGUGGCAGCCAAUCCAGAUAUCAGUAAACAACAAGUGGCUAGCUGCGGCUCCGAUAAGCGUAUAAAGAUUUGGGAUCUUGCGUUAAGGACGGUUUUGGAAACACACGAAGUUCAUACAGAUCAGGUGUGGGGCAUAGCUUGGAAUGCAGAAGGUACAAAAAUAGUGUCUUGCUCAGAUGAUAAAUCUUUAAAAUGGUAUGCCAGCAGUGGGUCUUCAUAGACAAAAAAAAAAAAAAAAAAAUAAGAAAAA